UCGCUUGCGUCUGUCAAUUGAAGCGCAUCUAGCACGUGAAUUCUCUUUGUGAAAACACAAAAAUAAUGGACAAACCAGUUGUUUGGGCUCGCGUUAUGAAAGUUCUUGGCCGCACCGGCUCCCAGGGCCAGUGUACCCAGGUCAAGGUCGAGUUCCUCGGCGAACAGAACCGUCAAAUCAUCCGCAACGUCAAGGGACCCGUGCGUGAGGGCGACAUUCUAACUCUGCUCGAGUCCGAACGUGAAGCCAGAAGACUACGCUGAGGAGUGAUACUCGCUUGAAAUUUGUUUAUUAUAUGUGGAUUCGCUCCCAAAAAAUGGCUACUGUAAACAAAAUAAAUCCAGAAUGGCACAUCACCAUAUUGAAAUGUGUUUUUAAAUAAAUUUCAAGUAUUUCAGUGCUAGCAUA